CUCUCGAGCACAACUUGGAAGCUGCUCAGCUUUCGGAUACCACAGCUGCACACGUGAGUAUUGUGGUCGCAGACUGACGUGGCUGGGCGGGGCUAGGUGUCACAGCAGCACAAAUACGACCAGCAGUCUGGUAAGCGAAUCAUGGUGCGUGGCAAGGCAUGAAUGCGCGCUGUCAUCGAGCUUGCUAUAGGCCAUUAUGGACCAAGGGCCGGUAGAUGCUGGCCCCAGCGACAGUGACUAUGGCAGCCGCCCGAGGUCAUACUCGCCAGGACAAGACCGCCGCCCUUCCGCUUCCAGGCCGCGUGCAGGCUUCCGAAGCGAUUCUCUGCGCAGGCUCAAUCACAAUCACACAGACAGCACAGACGAUGAGGAGCGUUUCCGAUACGUGAAAUCUGGGAACCCGCAUCGAAGAGGGAGCAGCGAGUCGGCACGGUCUCUGGCAGAUCCACCUCUUUAUCCCAGAAUCGGCGCUACUGCACGUGAAGUUUCUGGAGAGGUCUGCGUCGACAAUGACGACCAUAUGAAGGCACAUCGCUCCGCGCAAGUCAAAGACGAGCUUUCUAGACCUCAUCGAAUGCACAAAUUCAUUUUGUACGAAACCAACUCCAGAUACUGGAUUACGGGUUCAGAUAUCACAGAAAAGUAUUCCAGGCUUCUGCGCAUCGACAGGAAUAGCCCUCCUGGCCAGAUCUCGCUUUUUGAGGAUGAGACGGUGUAUGACCGGAAGGAGCGGAACGAUGUACUGCAGACCAUACUCGAGGGGAACAAGUCCACAGGAGGCUUACGACAGAAGUUCGUCUUCUGGGGCGUUCUUGGAUUCAUUCGCUUUACCGAAGCAUACUACAUGCUGCUCAUCACCAAGCGCAAGCAAGUGGCAAUGAUAGGCGGGCACUAUGUGUAUCAGGUCGAAGGCACCGAGCUUGUGCCCUUGACCACAGGCUCGAGCAAUUCGUUUCUGCGCGAUCGGAAUCCAGAAGAAGCGCGCUUCCUGGGCAUCCUCAACAAUCUGGACUUGACCAGGUCAUUCUAUUACAGCUAUUCAUACGACAUCACCCACUCGCUGCAGCGAAAUAUCACCCGUCAGCGCGAGGCCAUGAAUGCAGGCAUCACCGUUCCCGCGCAUGAGUACAACGGCAUGUUCGUAUGGAAUCACCAUUUGCUGAAGCCUGCAGUAGAGGCACUCAAGCAUCCCUACGACUGGUGUCUGCCGAUCAUCCAUGGCUUUCUGAAUCAAGAAAUGCUCAAUAUCUUUGGUCGGAGUGUCUACCUAACAAUCAUCGGUCGACGAUCCAGAUUCUUUGCUGGAGCACGCUUCUUAAAGCGAGGCGUGAACGACUCCGGCUACGUGGCGAACGACGUUGAGACAGAACAGAUCGUUGCGGAGAAGCUGACUACUUCAUUCCAUGCUCCCGGGCCAACCCUCUUCUCCAAUCCGACUUACACGUCUUACCUGCACCACAGAGGAAGCAUCCCACUUUACUGGAUCCAAGAUAACAGUGGUGUAACUCCAAAACCCGCAAUCGAUAUCAAACUGGCAGAUCCCUUCUACCAGCCUGCAGCGCUGCAUUUUGACCACCUCUUCCAAAGGUAUGGCUGUCCAAUCUACGUAUUGAAUCUGGUGAAGGCGAGAGAGAAGACACCAAGAGAGUCUAAGCUACUGUACGCCUUCAAAGACUGUGUCGAUUACCUUAACCAGUCCUUGCCAGAGGACAAGAAGAUUCAGUAUAAGGCGUACGAUAUGGCUCGCGCUGCCAAAACCCGGAAUAGCGAUGUUAUCGGUGGUCUUGAAGUCAUUGCAAAAGACGUCCUUGGCCAGACUGGCUUUUUUCACAAUGGUGAUGGGAAUCUGCAGGAGACGAAGGUCCAGAACGGCAUCGCAAGAAUUAAUUGCAUUGACUGCCUGGAUCGUACGAACGCAGCCCAGUUCAUCGUUGGGAAACACGCUUUCGCAUUGCAACUGAAAGCUUUGGGAAUCAUUGUCAAGGAUUCCGUUGAUUACGACACUGAUGCGGUCAAUUUAUUCACUGCAAUGUUCCACGAUCACGGAGACAACAUCGCCAUGCAAUAUGGAGGUUCUCACUUGGUGAACACGAUGGCCACUUACCGCAAGCUGGGGCAUUGGCAAAGCUCCUCGCGGGAUAUGGUGGAGAGCUUCAAGCGCUACUACCACAAUUCUUUCCUAGACAGUCAACGGCAAGAAGCGUACAACCUGUUCCUUGGAAAUUACAUAUGGGCAGCAGGACAGCCUAUGCUAUGGGACCUCUCGACUGACUACUAUCUGCAUCACAGCGAUCCUAAAGCAUGGUUGACACGCAACAGAAGGAAUUACAUCGAGUGGUAUACGCCAGAGUAUCUGGAGCCCAGGACGGUGCCACCUCGAAUCUACAAUCAGCGUGUUGCUACCGAGCUCGAGAAACGAGGCGUGGCUGCAUUUGAUGACUAUUGGAGAGAGACAUAUCCUCCGUCGAGGAUCUCGUCUCUCGACAAGACGUACUCUUCACGACUGAUGGAAACCUACAACGAGCACUUCAUUCCAGAUAAAGCAAAUUGCGCGAGCAAAAGUGAUUUCAGUCCGUUUGUUCGGAGAGUGAACCCAAACAGACACGCCGACUCGCCCGAGAAAAGGACGCAGAGGAAAGGAGUCAAGAUUGUGGAUCCAUCAGAGGAGAGCACAGAAAAGGCAUCUCAGCUGUCGGAAAGACCUCCAACUGCGAACAUGGAGGAACUUUCCAGCAUUCUUCGCGAGACUGUGUACAAGGAUAUUCCAGUGUUGAUGAAGGCACAAGCUACACCUACAUCGGAUACCUUUAGACCAGCAGACAAGGCGCAGAUGCAUCUGUGGACGCUGAACCAGUUCCACGUCCAGUCUCUAAAUCCUCACGUGUCAAACGAAGAGGCAUCGGAAUACGCGCGAUACAUAUCACACCCAACAAACAUACCUCUUGUCACAUCGACCGACUUGCCUUCAGAUGCCAACAUCGACUAUGUUGAAUAUGUGAAUGGGGCUGGUGCCAACGCGUUUGAAGACUUUGAGGACGAAGAGACAUUCGGCCAAGGAGUCAGCGAAGAGGACUUGGAGCAUUAUUGGGACUACUUGGAAGAGAAACAAGACCCUCUGACAGUGACGGACGAGGAUUUGCCGAAGAAGCGGUAUAAGGCAUAUCGGCAGUGGCUCAAGGGGAAGAGUUUGUUCAAGCAGAGCAAAGUCGAUCCGGAGUAUAAUGCGGAGGGAACGACGAUGAGGGAGCAGACGUGACUGGGGAUUUGAAGCGAGGCGCUGAGAGGGUGUCACUUUUGGAGAAUAGAAUUGCAAGAUAGCGGUAGGGGUAGCGUUAGACAUUUUGGAAGCCGCGAGGCAUCAAUUCAGGCACUCGAAAUCCCUG